GUAUUAAAAUUUGUUCAUAAGGGUAAAAAUGAGCUAAUACCCGCGCACCAUUAGUCACUGGUAUUAAAAUAUAAUGACUUCUUAAGCCUGUCUGAAUCCUAAGUCGCAUCCUAAAGUACACAAACCAAUGAAAACGUCAUCAUAAUUCGAUUGUAAAUAACAAAUAUUAUUGAAAACAAUUAGGAAGCUAAAUUCUUUUCCAUCAAAUAACUAAAUAUCAUUGUUAAUCUUAUAGAUUCCAUAGCUGGAAAAACUGUUGCCAUAUGGGAUUUCAGUUCCAGGAGAAAUAAAAACAUUAAAAAAAGUAUUUAGACAAUACUUCUAACAAAUAACAUCUUUUUAACAACUAACUGUUUAUUUAAAGUACAUUUUAUUGAGCGGCUUCAAUUAAGCAAAAUUGUUGGCUGUAGUAUACUGUAACCAACCCAAAUUAGUUAUGAAUGUAACCAAAUUAGUAUUGGAUGUAAACUAACUGAUGAUUGAUCUCAUUGCUCUUUUUUGCCUAAUUAGUAAUGGAACUAAAUGAGGAUAGAUUUCAUUGCUCUGUUGUGUUGUAGCUAAAAGAUUAAAGAUUUCCUUCAUUUGUUCCCAAUAAGAAAAAGGCGAGUAUUAAUAGUGUGGUGAAAUUAUUGUGUUGAAAAUCAGCAUUUUCAUAGUCAUAAGUUUUAGAAGUUUAAGAUAAAGAAAUUUUAUACAAGAUAGUCUUCUAGUAGUCUAAGUUAAAAUGAAACUUUAACAUUGUUUACCUGACUUUGAAUGCAUAAUGAAAGCUGAUGUGUUUUCGCUUAACCUUUAGACAUUUUGAAAAUAUUGAUCAUUAGCAAUGAUUUAUGGCAAUACCUACUACAUAGUACCUAAAUGACCAAGUACCACACAAAAGACAGCUUGCAGAGGAAUCUGCCUGAUCCCGUUUGGCCAUUAUAAAAUUUUUUUUGCUCAUCUUGAUGACUUAUCUUAAUACACUAAAACUGUAAAUAAAUUUGAUGGCAGACAUUAAUGGACCAGUAAAAAAUAUGUUGCUUUAAAAAAUUACAAAUAUUUGAAAUCUAGCAUGCUAUUGACAUUAGCGCAUCUCAACCUGGAUCAAAUUAUUUGCUUAUAAAAGAAAUAACAUUUGAAAACUUCAAAACAAGUAAUUAUUUAGAAAAGUUGGACAUGUGAAGCUUUUGCUAAGCGCUCCAGAAAACGUGUCCAUAUGUCAUUUUAUCGACUUGGUUGUUUCAUUCAACAACAUUACAUUGGAGUAUUUAUUCUUGCAGUAUCUGUAUUAUGUAUGUUUUUAUUUGGACUCAAGGAUAUGACUCAAGAGCAUGACAUACAGAAAAUGUGGAUUGAAACUGGCGGUCGUUUGCAGGAGGAACUUGCAUACACAGAAGACUUUUGGGGAAAAUAUGGGUAUGGGUCAGAGUUACAAGUAAUCAUUCAAGUAAAAAAUGAAAAAUUAACUAACUUGCUUCAUCCAGAUGCUCUUUUAGAACAUUUGGAAAUAUUAAAGAAAGUGAAAAAUAUGAGGAUAAAUAAAUACUACAGUGAUUGGUCAUUGGAAGACUUUUGUUUUAAAUAUGAUGUUCCUUUUAUAGUAUCAAGAGAUAUUUAUAUGCAAAUAAAAAAGUUGAUUCCAUGCGUCAUAAUGACUCCAUUAGAUUGUUUUUGGGAAGGUUCGUUAAUUGCUUCUACUGACACAAAAUAUAAUGAAUUUAGUUGGACCAAGGAUUCUCCAAUUGAAUAUUUAAAUUAUAUUAAGGAUUUCACAUUUCUGCAAGAUGAUUUUAAUCAGUCUGUAAAAUUUAUGAAAAAGGCUGGAAUUCACAAUGGUUACUUAGGUAAACCAUGUUUAAAUCAAAACAACCAAAAGUGUCUUAAACACCAAAAAAGAAAAGAAGAGAACCUUGGCUUGCAUCUAUCUAAAGGUUGUUAUGGAAUCGCAGAAAAUUAUAUGCACUGGCCUAAGGAAAUGAUUGUCAGUGGUCUAACAACCGAUUCAGUUGGGCAUAGAGCAGAUGCAUUACAAAGUGUUAUUCAAAUAUUUGAUGCACCAACAUUUUACAAGUCUGCUUUGGACAAUCAGCAUUAUAAUGAUGAGUUGAAGAUGAAAUUGAGAUCAAUUGAAGGGGGUUUCACAUUGGAAGCUGCUGAGCAUAUUUUAAGAGACUGGAAAAUUGAGUACACUAAACUUAUAAACUCAGAGCUUGUAAAAAGCUCUAUGAAGUAUUCGUUUCUAGCUUUUUCAACAUCAUCUUUUACUGAACUUGUUGACGAAAUGACUUCAUUGAAUAAAAAGAACUUGAUUAUAGCUGGUUCCAUUGUGGCAGCUUAUGCAUUUGUGAGUCUUAAAAGAUGGACAAAAGGAGUUUAUUCAUAUGGAUCAGUGGGCUUGGUUGGAGUCAUUUUGGGUUGCUUAUCAGUUGCAUCUGGUCUAGGUUUGUCUUCAAUUGCAAAAAUGAAACUGACAGCUGUAUCAGCACAGGUAUUGCCUUUUCUUACUAUUGGUUUUGGAAUGGAUAAUAUGUUUUUGUUAGUAAGAACUUACAUAUUUGUUUGUGAUGCUGGAAUUGAAGAUAAGCGCAUUAUAGGAAUGUGUCUUGGUGAAUGUGGACUUAGUAUUACUAUAAAUUCUGUUGCAAUUAUUUGUGGGUUGUUAUCAACUUCUGUCAUUCAAAUUACAACACUGCAGACCUUUAUCUACCAGGCUGUCUUUAUUAUGGUUGUGUUUUGGUUUGCUGUUAUUAUGAUAUUCUCCUCUAUUUUGGCUCUUGAUGUUGAGCGGCUUAAAAUGAAAAGAUAUGAUUUAUUCUGUUGCUUAGAAGUAAUUAAUGACAGUGACGAAGAACCUCCUAAAUGUUUGGAAAAUCAAUAUAAAAACAAAGUUGUAAACUUUAAAAAUCAGCCAUUUGUUGUUGGAAAUUCUUUCAUGUCUGAAAAGCCGAACAAAACUAAUAUAACACGUUCUCAUAGGCACUUUAAUGUCAGCCAAAAAAUGUUUCAGAGUGGUAAAAAACUCCAAAAACUAGAACCUUCAAGUAUUGAAGUUUUGUUAAAAAAAUUUUCAAUAACAUACUUUGCACAAAAUUAUUUUGGUGAAUGGGUUACAGAAAUCCAAGUAAAGAUUGUUGUUAUGUUUGUUUGUUGUAUCCAAUUAUUUAUUGCUGGAUAUGGUACAGCUAAAGUUCAACAAGGACUUGAUUUAGGUGAAAUGGUUCCAAGAGAGUCUCCACAACAUCGUUUUCUUUCUGCAAGGCAGAAGUAUUUUUCUUUUUACCAAGUUCAUGUUGUCACUAAGGGAAAAUUAAAUGGAAAAAUAUUCGACUAUUCCAAUAAUCAAGGGCUGUUAACAGAAUUUUAUGCAAGGAUUAAAAAGCUGUCCUUUGUAAUGGGUAAUAAUAAUGAUGAAGAACCAACAUUUUGGUUGCCAAUAUACAGAAACUGGUUGCAAGGUUUGGAAAAUAUGUUUUUGGAUGAAUGGGCUUUAGGGUGGAUUAAUCAUAGCUGCAUGCCACAAUGUGAAAAGGCUUCAGAAGAAGCAAAAAUUGCUUAUACACUACUUUCAACAACAUUUAAAGAUAACUUUCCAUUUGUUCAGAAUUUUACUCCUGGUAUAUUAGUAAAAGAUGAUGUCAUUGAUGCUUCAUAUUUUUAUUGUGGUUUGUCUUUCUGGUAUUGGAAUGAUAUGCUUGGUGUUCACAAAUCUCAAAUUGGAUUAAAACCAGAGCCAUUGAAGCCAUCUUUUACUGAUUCAAUGGCUUCAGAUAUUUGCAAGUUUAAUCCAGAGUUUAUGGCAAUACCUGUUCAAGUUGGAAAUCUUGUGAAGACAGAAGAUUAUGUAACGUUAAUAAAAGAGUUUCGUGACCUAUGUGAUGAAUUUAGGGUACUUGGAUUACCUAGUUAUCCGAUGGGUGAUCCAUUUACAUACUGGGAGCAAUUUAUUUACCUUAAGAAGUAUCUUUGCAUCGCUUUAAUGAUUACACUUUCUUCAUUGUGGAUUGUUCUUGUUCUUACAUUUAUGAAUAUCAGAGCAACUUUUAUUGUGAUUUUUGUUGUUGGUUUGAUGUUUUUUGAACUUUAUGGUUUUAUUGGUUUGCUGGGAUUGCAGUUAAACGCUAUGACGACCGUAAUUCUUAUAAUGUCAAUUGGAGUUGGAGUUUCAAAUUCUGUUCAUACGCUAACAGCAUUUUUAAACACUCCUGGAGAUCGACAUGAACGUGUGCGAGGUGCCCUUGAAAUAACUAUGUCAUCAAUUUGCGACAAUUAUGUAUCACUAUUUCUAAUGUUAGUUUUAUUAUCUACAUCACCAUUUGAUUUUGUUAUAAGGUAUUUUUUCCGUCUACUUCUAUGCUUACAAUGUACUGUCAUGUUCAACUCGCUUUUUGUUUUACCAACAAUUCUGUCAUUUUUUGGUCCUUGUCCAGAAGUACAAAAUCGAUCGAUACGCCCUACACUUAAUCCAGCUUAUCAUAUCCCUAUAUCAGUUGAAAUAAAUACUCAUUAUUCUUCGUCAACACCAUCUUGGAAAUCAAUUCGCCAGUUUUAUCGUCGAAAAACAUUGACUCCUAUUCCAGAAGUUUCAGAAAGAUCUUCGUCGGCUGGAACUGAAUUCUCUUUAGAUGGAAUUACCAGAACUCCUACACCGUUCAGUCCAUCAAGACCUUGUAGCAGUAUUGAAGAAUCCUGUGACGAGCACUUUAACAACCCCGUUGAAACCACAUUAUCGAGUUUCGGCAGCAAUCAUACUGAUGCAUGGCAUCAUUUACCCAAGCUUAAUAAUAAUGAGAACGAAGCUUUUAAUGUUGUAGGCAUAAACAUUCCGACUAAAUCUAAUCAGUUCUCUCAGAGAAGCAACGAAGAAAAUCGAGAAUCUAAUGUACACAACUCAAAUAGACGUUUUUCUUUUUCGAAAAAAAAAGAAAAAGAUUUAAAUGAUAUUCAAAAAACGCAUAACAAAAAAAAUGUUAAGAGUCCAUCAUAUGAUGACGAAAAUAGUUAUCGUGUAAUUAAUGUACAAUCGAACACAUUUUCAACGAGUAUAAAAGCGACUUUUUCCUUUGAUAUUCAUACUAGGUGCAUCGAUGAUGGUAUGGCUCGUAUUGAAUAAAAAUAUUUAAAAAUUCUUGUAAAUAUGAAUGUAAUUUAAUAUUUAUUAUUUUAUAUACUUAUUAAAAAGUUUGGUCAAAAAAUAUCAAAAUGCUAUCAUUUUAGAUUUUCA